AUGUAUCCUGAUCAGUUCAUAAGUUCGCUCUUCAGACUGUUCGAUUGGACCAUGGGAACCUCAUCAGCCCUUAGGAACAAACGUGUUGCUAUAAGUGGUGCUCGGGGUGCCUUUGGAGCGGCCUUGAAGAAAGAGCUGGAGUCCGACGGCGUGUCUGUGAUCGCAGCGCUCCAGUACAAGGUUGACUUCGAUGAUGAAUCAGUGUCAACAGGUGGUAUCCGGACACUCGCAAAUACCGACAUAUUGAUUCUCGCCCAUGGGCUGAGAUACGGCGAUGUGAUGAAGGCCAACUAUGAGACGAGCAGACGUCUUGUGGAAGUGUUUGCACAGACCCGUAAGUCUCGUAUAUCGCGUCGACCUACUGAGCUGCCAGAAGUGUGGUACACGGGUAGUGAGUCGGAAAUGCAUCCGAGUUGGGGAAACGAGUCACUAGCAGCGUAUUCGGCAUCCAAACGUCGCUUUCUUCCCUUUGCAAAGUCGCUUUACGAAAGCGAGACUGUGGUCUACAGACAUAUCGUCCUUGCGGCGUUCUCGUCCAAGAUGGGGCCAGCCAUGGUGAGCGCGGAUUGGGCUGCAAAGUGCACCAUGUGGUGGAUCAGGAGGGGCUUCAAAUACGUUCCUGUGACCUACACAGGCAUUGCCUACGUCCACUUUUUCAAGUUCUUGUUUGGCAUCAAGGCGGAGGCAAACGGACUGCGAUUCGGGACCGAGAAAGAGGUCGAGGUCGAGGAUUGUGUAACUACAUAG